AUGAGGUCCGUGUGCCUCAGGUUAUGCAGCAAGCUGUUGUACGUCAUGACUGAAGGCUGGAUAUCUAAGUCCUUCAUCUCGGAGAGGAUGGCAAGGGCAUCUUGGACCAUGCCAGUUUUGGAGUACACGAAUGCCAGCAUGUCCCAUACUGUAUGGCUUGAAGCCCAUCCCACGAAGUUCUCACGAAGGAGCUUGCAGAAUGAAAGCGCAUUUGAAAGCAGAAAAGGCAGAGUUACCUUCUUCUUCGAGCACCCGCUGAAGAUGGCACCGGAGUCCGCGCGAACGCUGCUUUCCGGCCAACAAAUGGGCGACGACGAACUUUGCGUUCCGCGUGUGGCGGAUGCCGAACACGUUCUGUAG